AUGUCUGAGAUCGCUGGCUCUCAGACCUUAUUCGUGCCUGAGCACGAAAGGGUGUCUCUUGACGUGAACAAUCUUGCCGUGACGGUAAAGUCGAAGGACGUGGAGUGUGGGCAGGUGACCAUCUUGGAUCGGGUGUCGUUUGAGUUGCCCAAAAACAACAUCAUGGCCAUCAUGGGCGGCUCGGGAGCAGGCAAGACCACGCUUCUUAAUGUGCUUGCGCAGAGGUUGAACGUUAACCAGGCUACCAUGAGCUUCUCUGGAUGCAUAGACUACGACAGAGAAAGCAAGAGUGCCAUCACCACUGCUUACAUGCAGCAAGAAGAUGUAUUCUUGCCGGGCCUUACGCUUAGAGAGACCUUGUUGUACCAGGCCGAGCUUCGGAUUCCCAUGGUGUCUCAGUACGAACGAGUCGAGCUCGUGGACUCGCUUUUGCAGCUUUUGCAGUUGUCUCAUAGGUCCAAUGAGAUUGUUAAGUCAUUCACUAACCACAUCAAUCUCUCCGGAGGUGAGCAGAGAAGAACCUCGUUGGCCAUCCAGCUUCUUAACAAGCCUGCAUUGCUUUUCCUUGAUGAGCCUACUACGGGGCUUGACACUACCUCGGCAUUGACUUUGGUCAAGAUCUUGAGAACACUUGCCUCUCCUCAAAUCGGUAUCACCAUCAUCCUUUCCAUCCACCAGCCCAGGCUGGAGAUAGCUGCCUUGUUUGAUAAGCUCUGCGUGCUUGCCCGUGGAGGCCGUUUGAUUUUUUGCGACGCCUUGGCCGAUGCCAGUGGCUACUUCCGGAGACUUCACGAGAAGAAUGUCGUUGAAAAGAUCGAGGAUGAAGACCCUUUCGCCACUUUUAACGCUCUCAUGACCAUGUCAGUCAAACUGACUCGUUCUGCAAGCGAAGAGGCAAGAACUUCCCGUAUCGUCGACAGCCUUGUGGAGCUGUGGCGUCAUGAGCAUUCCAAAGAGUACUCGUUGACUCAGGAGCAAGAGGAAGCGAGGUUCAAGGAUAACAUGAAGGCAUUCGAUGCUGCACAACCUCUCCCAAUUUGGAAGGAAGUGUACGUCCUUACUAGAAGAACCUUCAAGCUUUCAUACAGAGACCGAACAUCGCUUCUUGCACUCAACGGCAUGUCACUUAUGUUGGCAAUCAUUCUUGGCUGGGUAUUCUACAAGCCCAAGGCGGAUUUAGCAGGUAUAAGAUCGCUUACAUCAUGUCUCUAUGUUGUGAUUGAGGUAUUGGGUUUCUACCCCUUGCUCAUGGAACUCGAAAGAUUGUGGGCACACGACGGUGUAUUCUUCUUUAAAGAAUAUAAAGAAGGCUGUGUGAGUAUACCUGGCUUCGUAAUUUCCAGAAGAUUAGGUAAGCUCUUGCUCGAGGAUAUUCCGGUGUCUUUCUUGUUUUGUGUGGUUACAUAUUUCAUGUGGGGUUUGAGACUAGGUGACAAUUUCAACGAUUCUAACGACGCCUCAUACUUUGGUAUAUUCUUUGCCAUUGGCUUCCUUGUGACUGCAAUUUCUUUCACCACAGGCUUUCUUUGCUUUACCUUGGGCACAGACUUCUCAAUUUCUGCUUUGAUUUCAAACGCUUUCUACCAGCUCCAAAACUCCGGCUGUGGUUACUUCGUGAACGCUGCUACCAUGCCAGUCUACGUUCGUUGGGUGAAAUAUCUUGCUUACUUUUGGUAUGCCUUUGGUGCUCUUACUGCUAAUCAGUACACUAAUUGGGAAGGUGACUGUCCAUUUCCUGCUGGAGACGAAAGAUGUUCCGAGUACUCUGGUGAUUACCAGCUCAACGUCUUGGGCUUUCCAAGGAACUGGAUUGGUGAGCCCAUUGGUAUCCUUGUUGCGUGGUACAUGGGCUUCAAUAUUUUAUCUGCUAUUUGUCUCUCGUUCAGAAACUAUGAUAUGGCCGUGGCUAAGAAAAAGAAGAACAGAAUCGGUGGUGAUGACGAAGACGAGAAAAAAUUGCAGGACUUGUCCAGUGAGUUCACCGAUGACAAGGAGCGUGUUGAGAAGGAGAGUGUGUCCAUCAAUGUCAAGAAGAUCACUUUGUCGGUAAAAGUCAGAGAGUCACGUUCGCUUCUCGCCAAGAGAGUCAAUAGAGUUUUGCUCGAUGACGUUACUGCCGAUUUCAAAGCCAAUGCCGUCAAUGUCAUCAUGGGUCCUUCUGGAGGUGGAAAGACUACCUUCCUCAACUUCCUUGCCGAUCGUUUGCCGAAGACAUCGACCUUUUCUAGAGGUGGCAAUAUCUAUCUUAACAAUGCUGUUGAGGUUUCUCCUUCUGAGUUCUCCAAUAUUGCGGCGUAUGUCACACAGCACGACAACUUGUUGAUUCCUCAGUUAACAGUUCGUGAGACCCUCUACUACCAAGCCAAGUUGCGUUUACCCGUUGAAGAGCAUUGCAGGAUUCCUUCGAUCAUCACCUUGCUUUUGAGACAAACUGGCUUGGUGGACUGUGCGGACACUCCAAUUGGUUCUGCCACCGUGAAAGGCAUUUCAGGCGGUGAGAAGCGUCGUGUUUCUAUUGCCAUUCAGCUUUUGGGAAAACCUAAGAUUUUGUUUCUUGAUGAGCCCACCUCUGGAUUGGACACCGCUACCUCGAAGUCGAUCCUCACACUUUUGCAUGAGUUGGCAGAGCAAGGUACCACAAUCAUUCUGACCAUUCACCAACCCAGCAAGGAGAUGUUCUGGCAAUUUGACUCUAUGGUGUUGCUUGCACGUGGUGGAUUUGUUGUUUACAAUGGUGACGUCAAUGGUAUGCCACAAUAUUUCGAGAAGUUAGGUUAUGCUUGCCCUACUACAGUUAACUUCGCUGACCAUGUGUUGGACGUUGUGUCGAAGAACCCUGAAGAGUCCAAGGAUGAGGCUAUGGCUAGAGUGAACCUCAUGAUCCAAAACUGGAAAAAGAUUGAGGUUGCCAAUGAAAAAAACAGUGUUCUCACCAACGAUUUGGAUCUUUCCAGGUACCGUCCGAAAUCCGUGCCUACGUGGGUUGCUUUUAAGACCGUGCUUCAUAGAACAACUAUUGUCUCCUUACGUUCUGUUGAUGUUAUGUUUGCACGUGUGUUCCAAGUGUGUGCAUUGGGUGCUAUCUACGCCAUCUUCUUUGCUCCCUUGAAGAAUAACGUUCAAGGUAUCAGUGACAGGCUCGGUCUUACUCAAAGUGUGAUCAAUCUUUACUUCUGCGGCUUGCUCAACAACUUGGGUAUCUACCCUUACCAAAGAGAUCUCUUCCAUCAAGAGUAUAAGGACUCAGCCAAUAAUGUAUUUGUGUUCCAGAGCGCAUACUUGCUUGUUGAGCUUCCAUUCGAGUUUGCUCCUGCUCUUUUUUUCUCCGUGUUGGUCGUCUUUGGCAUUGGGCUUCCAAGAGAGGCAGGCAUGUUCUUUGCCAUGCUCCUCACAUCUACGGUCAUCAUCAACUGUGGUGACUCUUUGGGUAUUAUUUGCAACAGUGUGUUUGAGCAUUUGGGCUUGGCCACCAACAUCUUGGUCAAUCUUGCCAUGGUUGCCAUUUUCAUGGCCGGUACCAUGUCAUUGCAUAUGCCACCAUUUUUCAAAGCAUGGAAUUACCUCAAUCCUACAAAGUAUGCUGUACAGAUUACGACCAACUUGGCAUUCCCUGGCCAGCACUUUGCGUGUGGUAAUGCACCAGACUGUUCUCUCAAUAGUGGUGACGCUGUUCUUGACUAUUACGGGCUUGAUGCCAAGGUGGGCAAUGCCAUUGGUGCUUUAGUAGGGUGUAUUGUUAUUUACCGUCUCAUUGCCGUGGCUUCUUGCUACGUCAGAGUUCGGUGGUUCGUAUAG